AGAAAUGCUGUUUUUAGAGAUGAACUGGCUUCUACUGUCACACCUCGGACUCAUAAGCUGUGCGUAAUUGUGCCUUACCGAGAUCGAGAAGAAGAGCUGUCAGAGUUCGCUCCUCAUAUGAGCAAAUUCCUGCGUGAACAACGAGUGGACCACUAUUUGAUGGUGAUGAAUCAGACCGAUGAGUUCCGAUUCAACAGAGCUUCACUUAUCAAUGUUGGUUGGUUCGAAUCUGAUCGUCUCGGCUGCGAUUACAUGGUGAUGCAUGAUGUCGAUCUGUUACCGCUCAAUCCAGAGAUCAGCUAUCGGUUUCCUGGUGAAGGCGUUGUGAGGCACAUUUCUGCACCACAGUAUCAUCCUAAAUACAACUAUUCGAAGUUUAUUGGCGGCGUUUUGAUGCUAACCAUGAACGAUUACAAGGAUUUGAAUGGCAUGUCGAACAAGUAUUGGGGAUGGGGACUUGAAGAUGACGAGUUCUACCUACGAAUAAUGGACGCGUCAUUGAAUCUGACAAGGGUCGCUAAUCUCUCUACAAAUCGUUCAAAUACGUUCCGCCAUAUUCAUGGUGCUGAAAGGAAACGUGACUACGCAGUGGUAACAAAGGAACAAAAGGCAAUGAAAAGGAAAAGGGAUCGUAUUUCUGGCUUGAAUAAUGUAAAGUACAACAUCACCGCACGUCGAACUCGAACCUACGGUGAAGCUACCGUGAAUGUGGUUGACGUGCAUAUCUACUGUGAUAUGAAGUGGACACCAUAUUGCAAACUCAGGUCUCGACGGUGA